AUGGAAAAGCUUACUAAAUCCCACCUCCGGGAAGUCGGAAAUGAGCAGGUUAGUCAACGGAUUCUGCAGUGGACAGAUGGCAAUGAGUCUUGCGACCAGAGCGACCCCAAUACAUCAAUUCAUUCACCCUCAAAGUCUAGUACCGACGGGUAUGAGACUUCAAUUGAUUCCUUUUAUACAGCUAGUGAAGGUGGGUCCGAGGAAUCAGCUGCGACUAUCGGACGAUCUGCGAUUCCUGAGCCCGCAACAUCUGAUGUUCUCAUUGACACUCCGCAGCAGGAAACCUUUGAGGACGCAAGUGAAACAGUAAAUCCGCACCCGUAUUUGGCAAUAAACCUGGACUUCGCCAGAGAGGCUAUUUACAUCUAUGAGAUGAUGAAAGAAGGUGUCAUUGACGAUGAGUGGAAUAGCAAGUCCUGCCUUCUUACACGCACGCUCAUCCAUGAUAGACCAGUCUCCUCGUCAGGGCGACUGGGCUGGCGCUGCGAUGUCAACUAUGACCCAGAUGGUGUUUACACAGGCGCUGUCGUGGUACUGUUCAUGCCUGAUAGCGACUUUGUGAAGAAGAUCAAGCAAGGCGAAGUUGUCUUUGAUCAAUCUACUGAUAUGAAGCCAGUUUCAGUUCUCAUGCAGACGAUAGACCCUGACUUUUCUGGCCUCGAGACAAGACUUGCCGGUCGAGUCUUGGCUUGGAAGGUUUGUGGUUCUGGGGAUUGUGUCUGGAUGAAUCGGCAGGGUCAUUCUAUUCACCUGGGUGACCCAAAGGUGAUUCCCAACAUCAUCCACCUGCUCAACGGUUGCCAUCUCAUCCUGCAGAUCUCUCAUCUUGCGUUCAAGAUCAUCAUACCUCACAUGUACCCUGAGAGCCUCGUCGCGCUGUAUCUUGGCCUCCCAUAUACAUCCAAUCGAAAUGACGCCGGUCGCGAUGUCACUGGUGAGGUCGAUGUCCUGAAUGAGGGCGUUCUAUCAAUGCUUAGUAACUUUGUCGAGCUGGCAGAACCUGUUGAUGGUGAGGGUGAAGAUAUCGGGCUGGCGCCGCGAUCAACCUCGAUUGAGGUGGCAGGCAAGUCAGAGACUUCGGUGUCGUUAACAGGAAGGCCGAGCGGACCGGGGAUCUUGACCACUCUCGGGAUGCAGAUCCAGCUUGUGGAGAGUAACCAUCAGAUGAAGCUGAGGAGGCCCAACAGAGACCAGAUGGCUCUUCAUUUUGAGCUCAAAGACCUGCUCAACAGUGACACGCAAAACACCGCCACGUUGCAGACCAUCGGCGACUGA